AUAUUUCAUCUUACUGCAGAGCAUAGAAUCAAUAGGAGCUUCUCCUUAGGGAACUGCUCUGAAACAGACAAGGACAGUAGGAAUUAAGACACUAACGUAGAAUCUUGCUUUAUCAAAAGAUGAAGUGUUUUUGUAUCAUAUUAUACAUAAAUUUUUAACCAGAAAAGCCAGACUUAGAUCAACAGCACUGUCUUACUGAUGCAUUAGAACAAGAAGCAGUACUGCAGAGCUGUAAACAGUGCUUGCGAAAAGAGGAAAUAAUUUGAAUUUUGGAGAUUUCUCAAGCAUUCUACAGGAUAAACCUCUUAUGGCAUACAUUUUUUCUAACUACUAUUUGUUCAGUGGGGUUUUUUUUAUUUUUAACCUCUGAUGGUUAUGCAUAUAAAGAAGAAACUUUUAAUCUUUAGGAUACAGUAUUUGGGUUUGCUUCAGAUGAAGAAGGAUACUGCAGUGCUUAUUCUACAGACUGAAAUAAGUUGAAGAAGAAACAACUAUAAUAGAGAAGAAAGGUUUCAUAGAAUCCAGGAACACAGAUUUGGUGCAUGUUGCCUUAUUUGCUUUGAUUGGUACAGUAUUAACUGUUAAGCUACCAUGGUGCAUGUCUGGUGCAUGUCUGUGCCAGGUGCCUGAAGACACAUGUAAAUGUCCAAACAGCCAAAAUUCUAAACUUCUUUAUUUACCAUGCUUUGCUUGUUAAAGUGAACAUUCUAAUAAGGACCAUUACAGUUAUUUAGAACAAUACUCUUAAGCUUCUGAAGGCUCCUGAUUUCAGUUUGUAAAGGGGUUUGGAGAAGCUGCGUUUAUAUAAUACUACAGUGGUGUAUGAUUUGUAAAAAGAAACUUAACAAUUUUGUCAACAUUCUCAUUGGUGUGGCUCUGAAAAAGAAACUACCAGCCUAGGAAAUGGCUUUUCUUGUUCGCUGUUAUGCCAAUUGUCUUCAGCCAUGGGCCUCCAAACUUCCAGCUGAUCUUACCAAGAUGCACCUCACAGACAACCCUCAUCCACAGGUGACUCAUGUGUCUUCUAGUCAGUCUGGUUGUAGCAUUGCCAGUGAUUCUGGGAGCAGCAGUUUAUCUGAUAUCUAUCAGGCUACAGAGAGUGAAGUAGGAGAUGUAGAUUUAACACGUCUUCCAGAAGGACCUGUUGAUUCUGAGGAUGAAGAAGAAGAGGAGGAAGAGAUUGAUAGAACAGAUCCAUUGCAGGGGCGAGAUCUUGUUCGAGAAUGUCUUGAAAAAGAACCUGCAGACAAAACUGAUGAUGACAUUGAACAAUUACUUGAAUUUAUGCACCAGCUUCCUGCUUUUGCCAACAUGACCAUGUCUGUACGGAGAGAGCUCUGCUCAGUGAUGAUUUUUGAAGUGGUGGAUCAGGCUGGAGCUAUUAUUCUUGAGGAUGGGCAAGAGCUUGAUUCAUGGUAUGUUAUUUUAAAUGGCACUGUAGAAAUUAAUCAUCCAGAUGGAAAAGUUGAAAAUCUCUUUAUGGGAAAUAGUUUUGGAAUUACUCCCACUCUUGAUAAGCAGUACAUGCGUGGUAUUGUCAGAACUAAAGUAGAUGAUUGUCAGUUUGUCUGCAUAGCCCAGCAGGAUUAUUGGAGAAUUUUAAAUCAUGUGGAAAAAAAUACCCAUAAAGUUGAAGAAGAAGGAGAAAUUGUUAUGGUGCAUGAGCACCGCGAAUUAGACCGGAGUGGAACCAGGAAAGGACACAUCGUAAUCAAGGCAACACCUGAGCGACUCAUUAUGCAUUUAAUAGAAGAACAUUCUAUUGUGGACCCAACUUAUAUAGAAGAUUUCUUAUUAACUUAUAGGACAUUUCUUAAAAGUCCUUUGGAUGUUGGAAUCAAGCUUUUGGAAUGGUUUAAGAUUGACAGCUUAAGGGAUAAGGUGACACGGAUUGUAUUAUUAUGGGUAAAUAAUCAUUUUAAUGAUUUUGAAGGUGAUUCUGCUAUGACUCAGUUUCUGGAAGAAUUUGAAAAAAAUCUGGAAGAUACAAAAAUGAAUGGUCAUCUUAGGUUAUUGAAUAUCGCCUGUGCUGCAAAGGCUAAGUGGAGACAGGUUGUGCUACAAAAGGCUUCUCGAGAGUCACCUUUGAAUUUCAGCCUUAAUGGAGGAAGUGAGAAGGGAUUUGGUAUUUUUGUUGAAGGAGUAGAACCUGGUAGCAAAGCUGCUGAUGCAGGACUGAAACGUGGUGAUCAGAUAAUGGAAGUAAAUGGACAGAAUUUUGAGAAUAUUACAUUUGCAAAGGCCCUUGAAAUUUUGAGGAAUAAUACUCAUCUUGCACUAACUGUGAAGACCAAUAUUUUUGUAUUCAAAGAGUUGCUUAGUAGGAUUGAACAAGAGAAAUAUGGUGUUCCUCAUAUUCCAAAAAUUGCUGAAAAAAAAAGUAAUCGGCAUUCAAUUCAAGAUGUCCCAGGAGAUAUUGAACAGACAUCACAGGAGAAAGGAAAUAAGAAAGUUAAAGCAAAUACUGUUUCAGGUGGAAGAAACAAAAUCAGGAAAAUUCUGGAUAAAACACGAUUUAGUAUCUUGCCUCCAAAGCUAUUUAGUGAUGGAGGCCUGAGUCAAUCACAAGAUGACAGCAUUGUGGGAACAAGGCAUUGUAGACACAGCCUAGCUAUAAUGCCUAUUCCUGGAACACUCUCAUCCAGUAGCCCUGAUCUCCUACAGCCUACUACCAGCAUAUUGGACUUUUCCAAUCCUUCAGCUGUUGGUUUUUACUAUAUUCCUGAUCAAGUUAUAAGAGUUUUCAAAGCAGAUCAGCAAAGUUGCUACAUUAUCAUCAGUAAAGACACUACAGCUAAAGAAGUAGUUUGUCAUGCUGUUCAUGAAUUUGGUUUGACUGGUGCAUCCGACACAUAUUCUCUUUGUGAAGUUUCUGUUACUCCAGAGGGUGUCAUAAAGCAGAGAAGACUUCCUGACCAGUUCUCCAAAUUAGCUGAUAGAAUUCAACUCAAUGGAAGGUAUUAUUUAAAAAAUAAUAUGGAAACAGAAACUUUAUGUUCAGAUGAAGAUGCUCAAGAACUAGUUAAAGAAAGCCAAUUAUCCAUGCUGCAGCUCAGUACCAUUGAGAUGGCCACCCAAUUAUCAAUGAGGGACUUCGAUUUAUUUCGUAAUAUUGAGCCUACUGAAUAUAUUGAUGACCUUUUUAAGUUGGAUUCCAAAACAGGAAAUACUCACUUGAAAGAGUUUGAGGACAUUGUAAACCAAGAGACAUUCUGGGUUGCCUCAGAGAUUUUAACCGAAUCAAAUCAACUCAAACGAAUGAAAAUUAUUAAGCAUUUUAUUAAAAUUGCACUUCAUUGUCGAGAAUGUAAGAACUUCAAUUCCAUGUUUGCAAUAAUAAGUGGCUUGAACUUGGCACCUGUAGCACGACUCAGAGGUACUUGGGAAAAGUUACCAAGCAAAUAUGAGAAACAUCUCCAAGAUCUACAAGACCUUUUUGAUCCAUCUAGAAACAUGGCAAAAUAUAGAAAUAUUCUUAGUAGUCAAAGUAUGCAGCCUCCAAUUAUCCCACUGUUCCCUGUUGUCAAGAAGGAUAUGACAUUUCUACAUGAAGGAAAUGACUCCAAAGUAGAUGGUUUAGUAAACUUCGAGAAGCUAAGAAUGAUUGCCAAGGAAAUUCGUCAAGUUGUUCGAAUGACUUCUGCUAAUAUGGACCCAGCUAUGAUGUUUCGACAGAGGAAGAAGAGGUGGCGGAGUCUGGGGUCACUCAGUCAAGGCAGCACAAAUUCAAACAUGCUGGAUGUUCAGGGAGGUGCUCACAAAAAAAGGACACGCCGCAGCUCUCUGCUCAAUGCCAAGAAGCUGUAUGAGGAUGCCCAAAUGGCAAGGAAAGUAAAGCAGUAUCUUUCUAGUCUUGAUGUAGAGACAGAUGAGGAGAAGUUCCAGAUGAUGUCAUUGCAGUGGGAGCCUGGAUAUGGUACCUUGACCAAGAAUUUAAGUGAGAAAAGAUCUGCCAAGUCAUCUGAAAUGUCUCCAGUGCCUCUGAGGUCAGCUGGCCAAACAGCUAAAGCCCAUUUACAUCAGUCCCACAGAGUAAGCCAGGUUCUUCAGGUACCAGCUGUUAAUUUGCACCCCAUCAGGAAGAAGGGACAAGCAAGAGACCCUACAUUGAGUUCAAGUUUACCUCAGAAAGUUUUAGGACCAACCGAAGAAAUAAGUGGUAAGAAACAUACAGAAGACACUGUGUCUGUGGCAUCAUCUUUACAUUCUAGUCCUCCUGCAUCUCCUCAAGGUUCCCCUCGAAAAGGUUAUGCACUUAUACCAUCAGCUAAAUCAGACAACUUGUCGGACUCCAGCCAUAGCGAGAUCUCUUCACGGUCCAGCAUCGUGAGCAAUUGUUCUGUUGACUCCAUGUCUACAACUCUACAGGAUGAACGGUGUUCUCAGACCAUGGCAAUCGCUGAAUCCACUGGGACAUUGGAAAAGACAGAGCACUCCUCAGGGAUAGGAGACCAUACUCAGCUUGGUCCUGGGUGGAUGCUUUCAAAACCAUCUUUAAUCAAAGGUUUAGCUGUCUCAGCUUCUAUGAGCAAUGAAGAGAUUUCUCAUGAGCAUGUUGUUAUUGAAGCAGCUGAUAGUGGUCGUGGAAGUUGGACUUCCUGUUCAAGCAGCUCCCAUGACAAUUUUCAGAGCCUUCCAAACCCAAAAAGCUUGGACUUUUUGAACUCCUAUAGGCAUACUCAUUUGGAUGAUCCCAUUGCUGAAGUGGAACCCAGUGACUGUGAGCCCUACUCCUGUCCUAAAGGCUGCUCUAGAACUUGUGGCCAGUGUAAGGGAAGCCUAGAGACUAAUCAGUUGAGACAAAGUUGGGCCUCCUCCAGUUCUCUCUCUGAUACAUAUGAACCAAAUUAUGGGACAGUUAAACGGAGAGUAUUGGAGAGCAUCCCCACUGAGUCAUCUGACAGCUUGGACCCAAAGGAUGCCACUGACCCAGUUUAUAAAACUGUCACUUCAAGCACAGAAAAGGGCUUGAUUGUGUACUGUGUAACUUCACCCAAGAAGGAUGAUAGGUAUAGGGAGCCACCUCCUACUCCUCCAGGAUAUAUGGGAAUUUCUUUAGCGGACAUAAAAGAAGGACCCCACCUGCACCUAAAACCUCCAGAUUAUAGUGUGGCAGUGCAAAGGUCAAAGAUGAUGCAUAACAGCCUUUCUAGACUGCCACCAGCUUCUCUCAGUAGCAGCCCUGUGGCGUGUGUUCCAUCGAAGAUUGUAACUCAGUCUCAGAGGCAUAAUUUGGAGCCAUCCCAUCCUAAACUAGCAGAUGUGACUGAUGCAGAUAGCGAAGCAGAUGAAAAUGAACAGGUGUCAGCUGUCUGACCAUUGGAUGACCCUUUUGAAGACCACCAAAAGUUUUGAAGAAGUGGACAGAAACCCUGAUGAUUCUGCAGGCCAUUGCCAACAAAUAGCUCACUGCUCCUAACCCAGAGGUUUCAUUCCUUGUACUAUGAGCAGUGAGAUAGACCUGAGUGGUACUUGCUUUCAUUUAAUCUCUGAAGAUGCAGUUUCCUCAGCUAUUAAUGCUGUGCCUGGAUACCAUUCUGCACUUUGUACACCAUACCUGCCUUGGGACCACAUUACAGAACCAAUCCAAACUCAAGAGUCAUCCCCAUGUAUAUCACUGUAGAUUUUCCUUUCACAAAUUAUUUUAAAGGUAGUGGUAUUAUUAUUUCCAAGCCAUAGCUUGGACUAAAGGACAAAUUCAAAAUGUCUGCCAAUAUCAAGCUUUCUCUUGUAUAUUUAAAAAGUAAUUUAUUAUUUAAAGUGUUGUGGUUUUGUUUGUAUGUGGGAGCCAUUGUUAGAUGAUGUUUGUUUGAGGUGAUAAAACUGUCUCUGGUCUGACUAAACAGAAGUCAUCUUUGUAAAGAUGCUGUGCUUGAUCUAUAUGGAGAUGUAACUUGAUCUGAGCACCAAUGUGAUUGGGGGGGGGGUUCAGUUUGAGUAAACUAAGAAGCCCUUUGCAGUGGAAGUGUUAGGAACCUUCUAGAUCAUGGUGUGAAAUGAAGUUGCCACAGGGUUUCUUGUCAGACCUUUGGGAAAGGGGAGGGGAGGUAAAAUGAUAGGUGGAACCUUAAUUUCCAAAGACUAAUUCUUUCUGAAGUGAAAGUCAUGCUGCAUCUAAUUAUAAACUAAAAGUAAACCUAAUAGAGAAUGAGUUCUAGAGAAUUCUACUCUAAGGAAACCCUAAACUAAAAUUUCUGACAACUCAAGUAUGGAGUUCAUUUUUUAAAAGAAGUAUAAUCAUAAAUGUUGUAAUCAUGAAGAUGAAUUUGCCCUUAUGCAUUGUCCGGCAACAUAUCCCACAUCUCUCAGCACAAGUUGCAUCUAAUCUUAAUAAAACAUGCAGCUCUGAGCCAUUUUAGUAAAGCUCAGUAGCCACCAAGGUACAUAACUGGUUGAAAAGUCUGUGGGAGAAAGAGGAGCUAGAAAUGUAAAAAUGAUUGUCUCCUGGUUCUCGUUUUAGCCCUUGAGAGACGUAGCUUUCUGGCCUCUUGGGCAUGGCAUUCUUAAUUUAAAUAUUUAAUUAAAAUUUCAGUGACUAUUUGCUGUAUGAAGUAGAUUUUUCACAUUUUUUACAAAUUAAAUAUAAUGUUUUCUACUUGUAUUUAAAUUUUUUUCAUUUGUUUUUUAAUGUAAAGGCAAAUGGGAUUUUCAUAAACUUCUGUGAUAAUCAAAAAAAAAAAAAAAAGGAAGAAAAGGAGGGG